CAUCUUUUACAGCGAGAGGUCCUGUGCCAGCUGUGAUUUUGACGUAUAUGAGGAGCGGAUCCUCAUUUUUUGGAGAAAUGCUUCAAGCGAGCGAGGACGUUUUUUAUCUGUUUGAGCCACUCCGGACUAUACAGUUUCAUAUAAGAAAGAGCAACACCUUUAGAUAUCUAGAUGGUGGGAGCAGAAACUACACAAGCUUUCUAGAUGCAGCAGGCGAUGCUUUGAACGAAAUCUUCCAGUGUAAUUUUGAAAAGCUUCCUCUACCGUUUUUUGCUGAUGGAUUUUUAAAGAAGGGAAGAAAAUCAAGGGAAUUUAAAGCUUGUUUGGGAAAUAAAUCCACCAAUAAUAUAAGUGCCACUUCAGCAACGUAUCAGUGCAUAAUGAGGAUAAAACAUCUCUGUCUAGAAUCAAAGUAUAUUAUCAUUAAAACUAUUCGGAUACCCUUGGCAGUUUUAGUUCCACUCUCAGAGCUAUUUCCCGAUCUUAUGAUCCUCCAUUUAUUAAGAGACCCACGACCAACUUUAAAAUCUCAGUCUCGCUUUGGAAUUGUGAAAAGUAGGUUUUUACAAGAAAAUGCUACUAGUUUUUGUAACAGAGUAUACACUGAUAUAAUAAUAGCAAAACAUACACCCACUAUUGCACCACAUCAUUAUUUCCCAGUUUCCUAUGAAAAUUUAGCCAAGUAUCCAUUACAGAUGGCAAGAAAUAUUUACAGAUAUCUGGAUAUAAAUUUGAAUGAUAACGUUACGUCUUUCAUUGAAAACAUGACUAUGGCGGAUAAAACCUGUAGUGAGUCCCGAAUUGCAAAAACAAUGUGUACAAAGUCGUCCAAUUCCAGUGCGGACGCCGACAGAUGGCGCUCUAAGAUACCUUUCGGUUUCGUGUCUAUAGUGGACAAUGUCUGUUCCCUGUUAUACAGGGUUAUUGGUUUACGUAGUAUACCUAGUGAGGUUCAUUUAAGGAAUCUUUCAUUCUCUCUGAGAGGAGAUACCUUAGCUGACACGGGGGAUUUCAGAUAUAUAUAA